AUGUCAGUGGGAAGGCUCCCGACUGAAGCUGACGACAGGGAAUCCAAGAGGGCCAGAGCGAUUGCCACGCCCUUAAUCGGAUUCUCGGAUGAGGACAAACUAGGAACCCUUCAACCCCACAACGAUGCCCUAGUCGUCACGCUCAGAAUUGGGGGUUAUGUCGUGAAGAGGGUGCUAGUUGACCAAGGCAGCGCCGUGGAAGUAAUGUAUCCUGACUUGUAUAAGGGAUUGAACCUGAAGCCAGAGGACCUGUCGGCGUACGACUCCCCUUUGGUCAGUUUUGAAGGGAAAACCGUCACCUCGAAAGGCAUGAUUAGGCUGCCUAUACAAACAGACUCGGACGUGGUGAAAGUGGACUUUAUUGUGGUAGAUGCAUAUUCCCCCUACACAGCCAUUGUGGCCCGACUAUGGCUUCAUGCAAUAAGGGCUGUGUCAUCAACCUUACACCAAAAAGUGAAGUAUCCGUUAGGAGGUCGAGUGAAAGAGGUAAUAGGGAACCAGGUGAUGGCUCGACAAUGCAUAGUGUCAGCAAUCUCACGACGACCAAAUAGUGAGCCCUCUACCUCAGCCAAGAACAACUUAUAG